GCGCCCCCUUCCUUUUUUUUGUGUGUGUGUGUGUGUGUGUGUGUUCCUAUAUUUUUCGGGGCCCCCCCUCUCCCCCUCUACCACUUGUUUUGCCAGAUUCACAGAAACAAAAGUGACAAAGUAUGCUUCACAUUUGAAUGGGCAUUGGCACAUGAACAUGAAGCGCAGAAGGACGCGCGCUUUCAGCAUAGCAUCCCCGCUUCAGUCUCAAUAGAAUCCGAACCGCCGAACCGAACCGAAACCCCGUAACCCAUCCUAUAACGACACCAAUACCAUCAUCGCCCAUACCAUUUCACCCCGCGCUGAGAUUGUUUUUCAACUGCGUCCGUGCUUUCCCCCCAGAACACACUGUUCAAAAAGUCAUCAUAACAAAUAAUCCAAAUGGGGAAUUUAACAUUUAUAUACCUAAUAACAUAAGCCUGAAAUCAACUCGCAUGAUAUUUUAUGGCUAAAGCAUUUUUAUAGUUUUUUUUUAUCUUUCCUACAGCAUAACAUGUAGUCCUGUCAAAGGUCUUAAAUUAGUUUUAUGUAUUUAAACCAGAGACCAGCUUUAAGCAGACACUUUAAAGAGGCACAUUGAGACAUUUCCAUGUGUUUAUUUGCUGAUAUAUGUGAUGAUUUAAAUUAGUAAUGACCUCUGGACCCCUCUUCCCAUGGUAGUUUGAAAGCAAAAUACUGCCCUUUGAUGAAUUAAAUUAUUCUCUCUACAUAAAGAAUCGUGCUCGUCCAUUUAAUUAUGGGUUCUGGUGUCCAGACGAAGUAGCAUGGUGCUUCCUUCGAUUCAAUUCGAUUCGAUUUGUCGUAAUGAAGCUAGUCCACGAAGCCCCAUGCAAUAGUUAAUAUAUUUUUAUGGCCGGUUGUCGCCAAUGUGUCCCCCCCCCCACCACCACCACCAGAUCCGUAAUUCGCAUUCGCAUCCGUUUCCCCAUGCCCAUCUGUGUACCCCAUCUAUGUAUAUAUCCCCGCUCACUCCACAGUUGCGAAUUCAAGUGCCAUUGGAGCUGGAGCUCCUCUGGAUUGCUAGAUUGCUGGACUGUGGGAUUGCUCACUUGAUGGCUCCGUGGCGGGGGGUUUGCUCGAUUCAAUGUUUGCGCUUUUGCGUCCACAACAAGUGUGGGCACUGAGAGGUCAAGAGCUGGUUGUUUGGGAGUUUGGUUUAGGGCUGGGGAACCCUUUACGCUCCCGAAUUUAGUUGCUUACAUCAUUUCGGGCAGUCAGCGAUUUAACAAAUCAAAAUUAAUCGACGAUGACAUAUUUUUAUUAGGAUAUGAGCGUGUGCUUUGAAAUUCUAGGAAAAAUCUACUCAAAGUUAAGGCCUUGUUACAACAGAAACCCAUCUUGAAUUCCUAUUACCAUCUAGUUGUCAUAGUUAUAUGCUUAAGUCCCAGUAAGUUCAGUUCAUGUAGAGUCAUAAUGAUGUAUGACAUAGUUAAUUUUAGUUUUUAUAAACAAGAUAUGCAAUAGUUCCACGUUUUGUGUGGGGUUAACAUUUAAAACAGUUACGCCAAAAAUAUUGCAAAUUUCCAUACCUUAUCUCAGAUUUAAAACAUACUUUCCGUUUACUUUAGAGAAUCGAUAAUAUACUUUUUAAUGAAAAUUGUGGACCUGAAAUCCGGCAGAGCCCAAAAUCAAUCAAAAGUUAUUCAAUAUUGAUGUUCUUUUUGUUUUUGCCAGCCAUUGGGUAAUCCCUGGCUUAUAUCCAGUGCACGUAGCCAGGCGCAAAGCCAUCACAAGGGUUAAGAUCGCAAUCAAUCGUCGCUGACGGCCCAAAAGCUGCCCUCUCACCAACACCCUCUUUUCCCAAAGUGAUUCAUUAAGGCAAUUAACACUCAGCGUGUAUAUGCUCAGUGUCCAGGGUCCUUAGUUCGUAGUUCUGUGUCCGGAGUUCGCGGUUAGGGACAAACAUUUACCAACACCAUGUCUUGCACACAGCCGCCGGUUGGGGAGAGAAGUAGAGAACCACUCAAUGCUCAUUGAAAUUUACGAUUAUGCUGCGAAAUUAUUAAACAAUAUGACCGCAAGAGUUGCCAGGGAAAGCGUCGGAAACGGAGAAGGAGAAGGCAGCCAAUCUACAGGGAAUCUCAGGGGUCUGCUCAGCCGCACCCUGGCCAAGGUGGCCCGGGCCAAUCCCGCCCAGCACGUGCCCAGCCUGCCCAGUCUGCCCAGCCUGCCCAACCUGUCCGUUUCCGCCCUUCUGCUGCAGGCCCUCGACGCGGCGGACGUGGCCCACGGCCAGCGCAUCGAUCAUCCGACCCGUGGACCGGCGGCGACGGCGGCAGCGGCAGCGGAUGUGCUGCCCGAACUGCUCGGCGAACAGACGACCGGACUCCUCCCGGAAAACGUCACCGGCAGUCCGCUGGCGGGGAAUGGUGGCGCGGAUGUCUACCUGCCGGCAGCAAAUCUCAGCGGUUUCAUUGAGUCCUCGACGACGGCGGCCAUAGGCACACUGCCCAUCCCCACCAGCAGCAUGGCCACCUUCCAGGCCCAGACGGUGGCCACCUUCAUCGCCGCCACCGGCAGCAAGAAUCGCCCGACGACCAUCGUGGUCUACCCAACGGUUUCACCCGAAUCGAUCGUAAUCCCGAUCGUGUCCUGCAUCUUCGGCUUCCCGAUCCUGGCGCUGAUUGUGAUCUGCUGCCUUCGGAGGCGGGCCAAGUUGGCCCGGGAAAGGGACAGGAGGCGCAACUACGACAUGCAGGACCAUGCCGUCAGCCUGGUCAGAUUUAGUCCAAUACAUAGGCUUAAUUACCGAUCGUCGCGAGCUAUCAGUCUACGUCCUGAACGAAGCCUAAGCCAGGGCUUCACCUCCCUGGAGCUGGACACUGUGCUGGAGGAGCGCUGCAGUGACGUGGAGCAGACCCAGACGGAGAUGUUCAACCCCGAGUCGCCGAUGGACACCACCUCCUACAAGAUGUCCUUCUCCUCGAGCUAACAGUUAGCCAAGCCGCAGCCGGAGCGGGCUGUGAGCCAGCCCGAGUCCGAGUGCCAAGAAUCUGGGGCGAAGGUUGCUUCGCUGGCCAAAUCCUCCCAGCUGGUGCCUCCGCCGCAGCUGCGCAAGGCGGCCAGUGUGCGGGACGAUCCGGCUGCCUUGGCCAAGCGGAGGAGUCGCCUCCAGGAGCUCCGGGCUGUCAGUUGCGCCGGCGGUGGGAGCGGCGGCGAGGCAGCUGCCGCAUUUGGCAAGCGGGAAUCCAAGCGCGAUCGCCGGCGCGGAGCAGCAGAAUCGGGUGCAAACAACACUGCGGAGUCCCCGGUCAUGCGAAAGUCGCAAUCCCUGGACGCCGCCGAGAGCUACUCGCUGGCCAGCAUCCAGGCGCCGCUCUGGGUGACCCUCACCAAUGCCCGAACCAUCGACGAGCUGGCCCAGCAGAAGCUAUGAGCUCCAACUCUAACUCUAACUCCAGCUGCAUCUGCAUCUGCAUCUCCACCUGCCCACCAGUUCCAGUCCAUUAGCAAUGCCCAACGCCCCGCCUGAAAGAAAACCUCUAAAUGUUUAGACGGAAUUUCCAAUUAGCAACAUUACUAACACAAAAUAUAUAUUUACAUCAAUAACAUGUUUGAUGAAGUUAAAGACCAACAGAAAUAGUAAAAGGAACCUAAUAUUAAAUUAAACGUUAAUUGUUUUUUUUCUGAAUAAGGGUCGAGACGGAUUUCAAGUGACAGCUU